AUGAGCGAUCACUAUGAGAGAGUGAAGAUUGAGCUCCAGCAGAUGAAGGAGGCGGAUAACGAGGCCGCGGCCGACGAGGAGCAGCAGUCCCCGGCCUCGGUUUCCCCAUUCCCCGCGGAUGUUUCCUUCACUCCCCGGAGAGACCUGUACAAAAGUAGCAUUAACGGGAGAAGUCGGAGUAAAAGUAGAAGCAAAUCAGACGGUCAUGAGAGACACGUGAACGGUAAACAACUGCCGGAUGUGACCCCGCAGAAGUAUUCACAAGGACAGAGCCGUGUGAGCAAUGAGCCAAACCUUCACAUUAAAGCAACGGCAAAAUUUUUAAAGGGUAAAACGGCGGCAAACGGUCACAUUGAGUCAUCCCAAAGACAGACAAAUGAGAAAUGCGAGUAUCAUAGCAAAGAGGUCAAAAAGAGAAGAGCUGUGACGGUGGACACCUCUAAGGCGAAGACAUCUCUGGAGGCGCUGAAGAUGAGCAUCAGACAGCUGAAGUGGAAAGAGUUUCCGAUGGGUAGGCGGACAGCCUGUGAUAUCUACUGGCAUGGCGUCUCUUUUCAUGACAAUGAGAACAUCAUCUCUGGGCAAAUCAACAAAUUCCCAGGAAUGAUAGAAAUGCUGCGGAAGAUAAACCUGAGUCGUGCCGUGCGUAUCAUCCAGGAGCUGUUCCCAGAGGAGUACAACUUCUACCCAUGCUCCUGGAUCCUGCCUGAGGAAUACCAACUCUUCUCUACACAGAUUCGUCUCCUGAAAGAUAAUGAUUCAACCCUCAAACCCACUUUUAUUGUCAAACCGGACAGCGGAUCCCAGGGCGAUGGCAUCUACCUCAUCCGUGACCCUGCUGACCUUCGGCUCAUCUCAGGUUCUCAGAUCAAACAAGCAGUUGUUCAAGAAUACAUCCAGAAACCCCUGCUCAUCGAUAAACUGAAGUUUGAUAUCCGCCUGUAUGUUUUGGUCCGCUCCUUGGAGCCUCUAGAGAUCUACAUAGCUAAAGAGGGUCUGUAAAGGUUCUGCACAGAACCCUACCUCAUCAAGAAGGUCUGGUCAGAUAUUAUUGCUUUGGUUAUCAAGACAACAGUAAUUGCACUUGUGCCUGAACUGAAGGUGUAUUAUCAGGCAAAUAUACCACCUGGAAAACCAGGACUGACAUGUUUUCAGAUCCUGGGCUUUGAUAUCCUGCUGAUGGAAAACUUGAAGCCUGUUUUAUUAGAGGUCAAUGCCAAUCCCAGCAUGAGGAUUGAACAUGAGCAGGAGGUUUCACCUGGUGUGUUUGAAUAUGUACCGAGUCCAGUAGAUGAAGAGGUGAAAGUGGGUGUGAUCAGAGAUACGCUGCGGCUCCUGGACCCCUCUCAGAGGAAACAACACAUAAUGUCAAGUACAGGGGGCGGUUCACCAGAAGAAGCUAUUGUUGUGGAAACAGGAAGUGAUGAGAAAGAAGGCUUGGCGGAUUCCCUUCCAUCUUUGUGUUUAAAGCAAGUCUUCCCUAAAUACACCAAGCAGUUCAAUUACUUGCGGGUCGUGGAACGCAUCGCUAUCAUUUAACUGCGCUUCCUUGGUGUCAAAGGAACCAUGAGACUUGGUCCGACCAACUUCCGCACCUUCAUCAGGAACUGCAAGCUGAGUAACAGCAGCUUCUCGAUGGCUUCGGUGGACAUCCUGUACAUCGACAUCACGCGUCGCUGGGCUGGAAUGCUCCCUGACUCCAGAAAGGCAGGAAUGUGUCUUCAGGCAUUUAUUGAGGCCUUCUUUUACUUGGCAGCACGCAGGUUCAAGGCUUUACCACUGCGGGAGAAGGUGCUCUUGCUUCUGGAGGUUUGUGAGGGGGCCCUUGAGGGCCAGAGCCACAGCGAGAAGCCACGGCCACACCGACCGCACACAAAUCCCACCUCUUCUCAAUCAUCAGCACCAACCAUGUUUAGCUACCCCGCACUGACACGACAUCACCACCCGCCGCUGCAACUCCCUGCUAAAGCCAACACAGAGAACUGA